UCAUAUUCUAUCUGUAUCUACAAAUUUGUUUCCAACUCUAAACUUCCAAGUGACGCCUUAUUCAAUGAAUCCCACGUGAAAAAUACAACUCCGACCAUUUACAUUCCGGCACGCCACCUCUUUCCCCUGAUUUUUCUCUCUCUUUCUUUCUAUCUCCUCCCAUCUCAUCGGCGAAGAUGCCACCAACACCACUCACCUUCGCACUACCAUUACUCUCACUCGCACUCCUCUCUUUCUCUCUCCUCUUCUCCCCCUCCGCCGCACACCUCCUCUAUCGCCGGCCAUCUCACGCUGGCAGCCUCUGCGAACACCUCAUCAUUCCCUCCGGCUACCCUUGCUCCGAACACUCCGUUGAAACGAAGGAUGGAUUUAUACUUGCACUUCAGCGUGUGUCGUCUUCUUCUUCGGAUGAAUUGAGGUUGCGACGAGGUCCUCCUGUGCUUCUUCAACAUGGACUUUUUAUGGGAGGUGAUUCGUGGUUUUUGAACUCAAAAGAAGAAUCUUUGGGUUUCAUUCUUGCUGAUCGUGGAUUUGAUGUGUGGGUUGGUAAUGUACGAGGAACACGGUGGAGUCAUGGACAUGUUUCUCUUUCAGAGAGAAGCAAGGCAUAUUGGGACUGGAGCUGGGAGGAAUUGGCUCUGUUUGAUCUUGCAGAAAUGAUUGAGUAUGUAUAUCAGGAGACGAGCUCAAAGAUUUUCCUUGUUGGACAUUCACAGGGGACUAUAAUGUCUUUGACUGCUUUCACUCAGCCAGACAUAGUGAAAAAGGUGGAAGCUGCUGCUCUUCUUUCUCCAAUAUCAUACUUGGAACAUGUUAGUGCACCGUUUGUUCUUCGCAUGGUAAAUAUGUACCUUGACAAGAUGGUAAUCGCAAUGGGCUUUCAUCAACUUAACUUUCGGAGUGAUGCGGGUGUUCAGCUUUUGGAUUCUGUAUGUUAUGGCCAUCUAGACUGUGAAGACUUAUUAGCUUCUAUUACUGGAAAAAAUUGCUGCUUUAAUACCUCAAGGGUGGAUUUAUACCUUGAAUACGAGCCCCAUCCCUCAUCAGCCAAAAACAUAAACCAUCUUUUUCAAAUGAUCCGUCAGGGUACAUUUGCCCAGUAUGACUACGGGAUGUUAAAAAAUCUGAGACUUUAUGGCUCUUUAAAACCCCCCAGAUUUGAUCUUAGCCUUGUUCCAAAGUCAUUGCCGUUGUGGAUGGCUUAUGGAGGCAAUGAUGCCUUAGCUGAUGUGACAGAUGUACAACGCACUCUCAAGGAGUUGCCAUGCAAAAAAGAGGUUCUUUAUCUUGAUAGUUAUGGCCAUGUUGAUUUUCUCUUGAGUGUGAAUGCAAAAGAAGAUAUAUAUGGACACAUGAUAGAGUUUUUCAGCUCUUGGGGGAAAUCAAGCAGCUUCUAAGGGGCUGCUGUAUUGUGUAUCUAUUGUAAAGCUAUUGCAACACUAAAUAUCUCUUCUGUGAGCAGAAGAUGAUAUUGAAUGAUCAUACAUAGAACAAAUAUCCUCUGGCACUCUGCAAUACAAGUAUAUAGUAGGAUUGAUCAGGUUAGUUCCAUGUGCUUUGGAUGAUUACUUUUACCUUCCCUUGUGUGGUGGCCUUUCCCUUGUGAAUAUUACUGCAUGUAUAGCAGCAUCAGGACAACUAGGAAGCUCAAAGCAGGAUGCUGUAAACUUAGAUUUUUCCAAAUUUAUUGCUAAUCUUUCCUCAUAGUUCCUGCGUGACAAAAAAGAUGUUCUUGUUCUGGUGUUGUUAUAUUGUGUAUAUUCAGUAAAAUUAAUGUUACAUAUUGUAUGCUUUAUUAUGUAUUGUAUAUCAGAUAUAUAUCAACUCAUAGGGAGUAAUUGUUUACAUAUUGGCUAAUGGAAUAGAUGUGAAAAGUACUUUGUCCCUUCAA